UCAUCCCGCAACCGCAAACGCUAGCUGGAACCAGCUUUUGAAUUUAAGAGGCUUGAAGUGGUAUAGAGCAGUUUGAAUGAUUGUUGCAAAACACCAACAACCGCUACAAACCGCAAAAGCUGCGUUUGCGGAUGGUAGCAGGGAAACCAGUCAUGCCCUAACCCGGUAGAAACGUAAGUAAGACUUCAUAUACCCGAGUCUUGAAUGCCAAAGAUUAAUCUUAUUUGGUUCUGCGUUUCUAAGAUUUGCUUAUGCCUUUGACAAUGUUCUUUUUUAUUUUUUACAACAAAAGGCCAAAACGAAACUAAGUUGAUUCCUAAUCCAAGAGCCACCUCGGGGGAAAUGAGUCAACAUAAACCAUAGCAAAAGGCUGAUUCUAGCACCUCGUGCCAGCUUAUCCGCCAUUGUAUUUUGUGCCCUCGGAAUAUGUUGAAUAGUAAAGGGAUGAAAAAAUUCCUUACAUCGCAGAAACUCCUCUAUGUGUGUAGUGAACGCCGGCCAUUCUGUUGGUGUAGACACCAUCUUCACCAGAUAAGAGCAGUCAGUUGCAAACACCACUUCAGAGAUUUGUAAGGUCUUCAUGCACUUCAUUGCCCAUAUCAAAGUUUCACAUUCAGCAUGUAAAGGUGAUAGACUCUUGCGAAUAGACAUUGCACCCAUCAUAGUAUCAGUUGAUCCACCUUUUUUGACAAUGUUCCUUGUAGGUAAUAUAAUUAUUCCUUAUAAUUUUCAGUUAUUACCUUCUCUCCAUCCUUGUAAACUUCAAUCUUAAAGUCUCCUCCGUGUAUGUGCAACAAGCCUUCUCUAGCAUGCCAUAUGAGAUGAGAUUUGUACUCAUAUUUGGCAUGUAAAGUACUUCGGUGAGUAUAACUUCUUUUCCAUCACAAUUUAUGAUUUGAAUAUACCAAUGUCUUUGACAUCACAAUGCAUAUUGUUUGCCAUCAAACCUUAUACCAUCUUCCACUUCCUUGAAGUCAAACAAAACAUCUCUUUGUGAUGAUAUGUAAUAAGCAUUCCGAGUCAAGAACCCACUCCUCCUUCGUCUCGUGAACACUCGCAGUUAGCACCAGUGGCUGCUUGGUUUCAGACACCACAUUGGCUGAAUCUAUAGCUGAUGACUGUUUGUUAUGUCUUUAUGGACACUCUCUCUUCGACUGACCAGCUUUUCUGCAAAUAAAGCAUCCAAUCUUUUAGUUUUUAUUGUACCUUGGCCUUUAUUUCCAUCGUUCAUCUCUAGACUUUUAUCUUCCUCUUCCCUAGCAGUUUUCAUUCUUGUCAAGUCUUUCAUUCAAUCUUCAUCUUGAUUUUACGUACAAGCCUUCUGAAUCUGACAUGCUUUUGUUCAACAGUCUUUCAAUUCAAUCUCUUUAGAGUAAGCAUAUGUCUUCAUAAAUAAUCUAUUUUUCAUAAGAUCUCGUAUUUUCAAACACUUAAAACAUUUUUUCCAUCUUCGCUAGAUAAGUUUUGAUUCCAACUUAUCUCUUUUGUAGAUCCAAUGGAUGUAGAGAUCAUCAAGACCAUACGGCCGUCAAUCACAGGAGUUAGUGAUUCUACUAUUUGGAUCCAUACAAAUGAUGACCAAUAUUCAGCCAAAUCAGGUUAUAAAUUUUUACGAAAUUUCUGUCUACAUCAAGAUAAGCCAAAUACUGGCAAUGUAGAUAGAAACCUCUUGAGUGAUGCUUGUAGUAGUAUUUGGAAACUAGAUGCUCCACCAAAGAUUAAACAUUUUUGGUGGAAAGUAGCUCAUAAUUCAAUCUCUACUGAAGAGAACUUGCACAAAAGAAAAAUGGUGGGAGAUAACACAUGUCAAUUGUGUGGUGAACAUCUGGAGACAACAAACCAUCUGAUCUUCCAAUGCAGAAACAACAAGGAAAUAUGGAACAUGACACCAUCUAUCCAAAUACCAGGUGACAACUUACUACGUAACUCAUUAUUAGAAAACGUAAGCAUACUGCUUACCCUCGGUAAUGGAAAGAGAAAGCCCAUACCUGAUGUUAUCAAUCAGGCACUGAUAGACUAUAAUAAAAUCUGGAAAAAUACAUCAGAGGCAAAUGAGUUACAAGUUGAGCUACCUGAAAGCUAUACUAUUACUGCCCCGAAAAGAUGUAGCAGCAUUGAUGAUAUAAUUAUAAAAGCUAAUACUUUGUGAUGCUUUGUAGAUGGUUCUUGGACGUCACCAAAGGACAAGGCUGGAAUUGGUUGGGCUCUAUUCAAUUCUGAAGCAAAAGUUAUAUUGGAAGGAAACGCAGCAAUAGAACCAGUCAAUUCUCCACUAGAAGCUGAAGCUGAAGCAUUGAGAAUGGCGAUAAUAAAAUUGAGGAAGCUAAGAUAUUACACAGUCACCUUCUAUGGAGAUUCCUCUGAUCUUUAUGAUACAAUCUCAAAACAAUCUCAUCAAGCUUGCCACAUCACUUCGAAAGGAACUCAUUGUCCAACUCACAUGAAAGAUAUUGCCAGUCUGGCAAGAGGGAACGAAUACAACUUUUGCUUCCAAAAGAUUGAAAAGUCUCGUAAUGUUGUUGCAGAUAAAUUAGCUAAAGAGGGGUAGGAUUACAAACUCAAAUUAUGUUGUAAGUUGGAAAAACAAUAUGUAACAUUUACUAAUGUUUAAUAGUAAGGUUGACAAAAAAAAAGGUUUCGAUUCCGACAAAAAUAAGACCACAUAUUAUUAAAAUACUACCUUUCUUUUUUAUUUUUGAAAUAAAAUACUACUUUUCAAAGGUCACGAGUACAAAUUUUUUUCAGAUGUAGACGAGAAGACCAAGACAAUAAAGCCCAAAACAGACGUCAAGAAAAAUAAGGGAGCUAAAAAAGCGAAUGUGAACUAAAUUUAUAUUACACAGCAAAUUUCUCCGAAGAUUAAAAAAAAAAAAAAUCUCAUAUAUAUUUAUUCUCAACAAAGAAGGAUAAAUGAUAAAGAAAAGGUUAAGUACUAAACAAAGAAAGUGGCAUUCAAAAAUGAACGGUGUACCAAACUUCCACCAUUGUUACACCUUCGUUUUAGUCUUAGUACUACUGUUCCCAGUUUUUUCUGUCUCUACAAACACUUUGUCGGCAAAAGAGUCUCUGACAAUCUCAAGCCACAAUACUAUUGUGUCUCCUUCUCAUAUCUUCGAACUCGGUUUCUUCAAGCUCCCGUCAAAUUCUGGAUGGUAUAUCGGCAUUUGGUACAAGGUAAUCUCUAAGACUAAGAGAACCUACGUAUGGGUUGCAAACAGAAACAGCCCUCUCUCAAGUCCCAUGGGAACUCUCAAAAUCUCCGAUAAUAAUCUUGUCAUUUUGGACAUAUCCAAUACUACUACACCUGUUUCUGUUUGGUCCACGAAUCUGACCAGAGGAGAUAUUAAAUCUCCGGUUAUCGCAGAGCUUCUCGAUAACGGUAACUUCGUGCUCAGAGACUCCAACAACAACAAGCCAGAUGGAAUCUUGUGGCAGAGUUUCGAUUUUCCGACAGAUACUUUACUCCCCGAGAUGAAACUAGGUUGGGAUCGUAAAACAGGAUUCAACAGACUACUUAGAUCUUGGAGAAGUCCAGAUGAUCCAUCAAGCGGCGAUUACUCGUUCAAAAUGGAAACCAAAGGGUUCCCUCAGAUUUUUCUAUGGAAGAGCGACUCGAGGCGGCUGUAUCGAAGCCGUCCAUGGAACGGAGUCCGGUUCAGUGACGCACCGGAGAUGCAACCAUUUAACGACUUGGUUCUUAAUUUCAGAGUGAGUAAUGAAGAGGUGACUUACUCAUUCCAAAUCACCAAAGACAACAUUUACUCGAUAUUUACCUUAAGCAGCAAGGGGUUAUUAGAACGAUUUACUUGGAAUGAGACAGAACAUAACUGGCACCAGUUUUGGCACGCACCAAAAGACCAAUGCGAUCAGUACAAAGUGUGUGGGAGUUACAGUUACUGCAACUCGAAAAAAUCGCCGGUUUGUCAAUGUAUUAAAGGGUUUGAGCCAGAACCAAUGUAUCCGGUGGUAUUGGGGUUAAGAAACAGGUCGGGUGGGUGCGCGAGGCAGACGCAGGUGAGCUGCGACGGCCGAGAUGGGUUUGUGCAGUUGAAGAAUAUCAAAUUGCCGGAUUCAAUGGAGGCCAGUGUGGACAGAAGGAUUGGAGUUAAAGAAUGUAAAGACAGAUGCCUUAAAGAUUGUAGUUGUACGGCGUUUGCCAAUAGGGACAUCCAUCGUGGUGGGUGGGGUUGCAUGACUUGGACCGGUGAGCUUGUGGAUAUCCGGAGUUACACCAAGACAAGUCAGGAUCUUUACGUGAGAGUCGUCAGACAGGCAGCUGCUGAUCAAGAUGACAAGAGUAAGAAAAGUGCAAAAGUUAUAGGUUCAAGUAUUGGAGUCAGCAUGUUGCUUGUUUUAAGUUUCAUUAUCUAUGGCUUUCGUAUGUGGAAGCAGAAGCGAUCAUCUAUUGAUUUUCCGAUGAAAGAAGCUCUACUAUCAAGUAUGGGACACAUAUCUAGAGAAAAUAAAACAGAGGACCUUGAAUUGCCGUUGAUGGAGUUUGAUGCUAUUGCCACUGCCACUGACAAUUUUUCUGAUGCCAACAAGCUCGGUCAAGGUGGUUUCGGUAUAGUUUACAAGGGCAGGUUACUUGACGGCAAAGAAAUUGCAGUGAAGAGACUGUCAAAAACGUCAGUUCAAGGGAACGAUGAGUUCAUGAACGAGGUGAGACUGAUUGCAAGGCUUCAGCACAUAAACCUUGUUCGUCUUCUUGGAUGUUGCGUUAAUAAGGAUGAGAAGAUGUUGAUCUAUGAGUACUUGGAGAAUCUAAGCUUUGAUUCGCAUCUCUUUGGUUAGUGACUCAAAAACAAGCGCUCUAACUUAGACUGGAAAAAGAGAUUUGACAUUGUUAAUGGUAUUGCUAGAGGACUUCUCUAUCUUCAUCAAGAUUCACGGUUUAGGGUUAUCCAUAGAGACUUGAAAGCAAGUAACGUCUUGCUUGAUAAAGAUAUGACUCCAAAGAUCUCAGAUUUUGGGAUGGCCAGGAUCUUUGGACGGGAUGAGACAGAAGCUAACACGAGGAAGGUGGUCGGAACUUAUGGCUACAUGUCUCCUGAAUAUGCAAUGUACGGGAAGUUCUCAAUGAAGUCAGAUGUUUUCAGCUUUGGGGUCUUACUUCUUGAGAUUAUAAGUGGCAAGAGGAACAAUUCAUUCUACGACUCGGACCGUGACCUUAAUCUUCUCAGUUUUGUGUGGAGAUAUUGGAAGAAAGGAAAAGGCCUAGAGAUCGCAGAUCCGGUAAUUGUAGAUUGGUCAUCAUCAACUUUUCGGCCGCAUGAAAUCUUAAGAUGCAUACAAAUUGGUCUCUUGUGUGUUCAAGAAAGUGCGGACGACAGACCAAUGAUGUCGUCGGUAGUUUUGAUGUUUGGAAGCGAAACAACGGCUAUUCCUCAGCCUAAAACUCCCGGUUUUUGCGCAGGGAAAAGUCCCUCUGAUAGUAAACAGCGUGAAUAUAGAUCCUGGACAGUGAACCAAAUCACUCUCUCGAUCCUUGAUGCUCGGUAAUUUCAAAGUUUUCUAGCCGAUCUGUUAAUACGCAAGUCUCUGUUAAGUCCCAGUAGCUAAGUUACAACUUCAACUAUUGUAUCAUUAUCACUGCCAAUGCUUUUGGUAUGAACGUUCCACGUAAAGCACAAAAAUCAGAAUAAAAGCUUCUUCUAGUCUUAAUAUCUUUUAGAGAUUAAGAUUAAUUUUUUCAAAGUUAUUUUCAUCAACAAUAGAAACCCUUAUCUAGAUUUUUUUAAAACACUUAAUCAACCCUUAACUAAAAAGAAAAAUAUUUAAACAUAUAAAAAAUAAUGGUGUGUAGAUUCAGAUUCAGUUUGAGUCUAUUCGGGGUUUAGAGCUUCCGGGAUUAGAGAUUUACACACCAUUCAUAUAUUUAAAAAUUUUGGUUCCAAUUUGAUUAGAGUUUUUUGCGGGUUUGGUUCGAAUUUGGAUACAUGUUUAAAUUAUGUAAACAAAUUAAAUCUAUAGUAUAUAAAAGUUGAGGUUAUAAGCAGGGCCGACCCUGACGGCUUAGAAGCAAACAAUUUUUUUUGGCUCGUUAUCUCAAUAAAUGAAAAAUAUAGUGAAAAUGCAACGGCUUGAUUUGAAUUCACCACCUGAAAAUAUCCAAACAGGAGUUGUAACCAAAGCUAAAUAUUAUCUUCUGUUAUUAUUGGUCCCUAAAAGUAAUUAAUCUAACUAGAUUCUUUUUCCGCGCUACGCGCGGAUUAUGUAUUUUAAAUUAGUAUAAUUAUAUAAUGUUUUGAUUAGUUUUUGUUUUAUUUUAUAUUUAGUGUAUUGUUUUUUUUCUUUUUGCAUGGCUAGUUUUCCCAAUAUUAACUUAAUAAGUUAUUAUUUGCGUAAGUGUUUUUGGUUGGUCGGUCUCUAAAUUUUCUUCAAUAAUUUUAUUGAUGUUUUAUUUUUUUCAAUAAUUUUAUUGAUGUUUAUUUUUUUAAUAUUUUAACAUAAUUUAGAAUUAAUAAACCGGUAUUCUGAAGCUGCAAACAACAUCAAUAGUGGUGUUAUAGUAAAUUUUUGUUUCAAAUAUUGAAGCGAGUAAUAAUUUUCACAUACUUUCAUGGUAAUUCAUAUUUUAAAUUUAAUCAUAUUUUUCAUAUGUAAAUUAUUGCAUCAAACAGGGGAGAUUAGUUUUUAUUUGACCAGUUUAACUUAAUAUUUUCAUUGUUUUGUGCUUGGUUUAUUGAUAUAAAAUGGGGAAUUUAAUUUCAUUUUCUUCUUUAUUGUUAGACAGAGUCUUUUUUUUUUGUAAAAUAUGUUUUAUUAUGUAAAGCGAAAAUAUAAUAGUACUUAUCACUACAAAAUAAAAUAUUUUAGGUUAUUUUCUGUUAUAUUUUGUAAAUUUAAUAAUACGAUCUGUAUAUAUGACUUUCAACAUAGUUUAAAAUGAUCAAAAAAUUCAUCAUAAGUAAAUGCAUCGGAAUAACAAUUGUUUGAUAAUGCACUUCAAAGUAUUAUUAUAGGUUUUGGAGUUUUCUUUGGAGUUGAUUGUUGAAUAAUAGUCUCAGAACUGAGACUAUUUUUAUUCAUUUCAUGGUGUAAUAUUGAGUUUAAUAAAAGAUAAUAAUUUAAAACAUACACCAAAUAAAAAAACAUGUAAAAUAUAAUAUUAUAUAAUAAUAUUCAAUAUUUUAAAAAUAGAUAAAUAAUGUAUAUGUUAAAGAAAUUAAAAAGCGAUUUCAA